GGGAGGGAGGCGGGUGAUGGAGAGGGUGACCCUGCUGGGGUGUUGAACUGUCUGCCUUUCCCGCUCUGCUCCGGACCGCUGGUUCCUUUUUGGAGCUCACGAUGACGGGAUCCGGCUCCAAUGCUUCCCGCAACCCCCACCCCAAAGGAGACAAAGGGGGGCGUUCCAGGAGCUCCCAUGCUCGGCCGGUCCAUAUCGCCAACAACGGGGGCUCGGAAGAGGAGGACAAAGACGGAGGGGUGGCGUUCUUCGUCAACAAGAGUGGCUUUCCCAUCGAUGGGCAGACCUGGGAAAGGAUGUGGGGGCAUGUGGCGAAGGUGCAUCCUUCUGGCAGAGAGAUGGUACAGACCAUCAGGAAUGCGACCCUCCUUGCAAAACCUUCAGUGCCAUCUGUGCCAAACUACAAGACUUCCAUGACCAUCCCAGAAUGGCUUCAGGCAAUACAGAAUUACAUGAAGAUGCUGCAAUACAAUCACACAGGAACUCAAUUCUUCGAAAUUAGGAAAUCAAGACCUCUAAGUGGGCUCAUGGAAUCAGCAAGAGAAAUGACCAGGGAGUCUUUACCUAUCAAAUGCCUUGAAGCAGUUAUCCUGGGGAUAUACUUAACCAAUGGGCAGCCUUCGGUGGAACGAUUCCCAAUCAGCUUUAAAUCCCACUUCUCAGGGAACAAUUUUCAUCACGUGGUGCUGGGAAUUUAUUUCAAUGGCCGAUAUGGAUCACUGGGCAUGAGCCGAAGAUCGGAGCUGAUGGACAAACCUUUGGUCUUUCGAACUCUCAGUGACCUCAUCUUCGAAUUUGAAGAGUCCUAUAAAAAGUACUUGCACUCAGUUAAAAAAGUGAAAAUUGGAUUGUAUGUCCCCCAUGAGCCACACAGCUUUCAACCCAUCGAGUGGAAGCAGUUGGUGCUCAACGUAUCGAAGAUGAUGCGGUCGGAGAUAAGGAAGGAGUUGGAGAAAUAUGCCAGGGAUAUGAGAAUGAAGAUUUUGAAGCCUGCCCAUUCUCCAGUCAAGCAGAGAUCCCGAGGGAAGUCCCUAUCCCCUCGACGAAGACAAGUCAGCCCCCAGAGGCGGGCCUGCCGACGCGACAAAUCGCCGGCUGUGCUGGACAAGAAAGUGGCCGACCUCUCGACACUGAACGAAGUGGGUUACCAGCUGCGCAUCUGAGAAAAACAGAAGCUAAGCAAGAUGGUUUCUGGGGUGCUUCUUACCGCACUUUACCCUGUGAUCUGUGGACGAAGGGCGGGCGGGGAGGGGGGCGAAGAAGGGGGCUGCGAUUAUUUAUUAUGGACAUAAGGAUUUUAUUUAAGGUUUUGCCUAGGUCCUAGGAAUCCUAGAAGUGACAGUGGUGGUAUUUUUAUUUUUUAUUUUUCAAUUCAUGAAGUGGAAUCAAGGAAAAGGGAAAUUAAAAAGCCGUCUUUGCUUAUGGUAAUGGUGUUACUCUCCGUCCAGUUUGAAAGGGGAGGUGAUGUUGGUGUGUGACUUGGUUUUCAUUUGAAUUGGAAUCAUUGUUGCUGUCGUGGCUAUUUUGCAUUGGCUUGGAGCAUUGUGUGACGUCUGUAGGGUUUAGGAGUGGCAAUGAUGGAAGCGUAUUCCUCCGUGGUGUUCAAAAGUGCUGAGGUGCGGUAGGUUGCAAGUCAUGGAAGGGCACAAUCCGGCAGGGAAUUCCCUUGCUCGGGCCCCAUUGAAAAGAAUCAAAUGGAUGCAAACCUGGUUCAUUUCAGUGGAGCUCGAUGUAAGAGAAAUUGCCAGCCAAUCGUGUCUCAGGUCCAGUGUUUAAUACAUGACAUUCAGCAAUAAAAACAGCAGCCCAGAAGUUACGUGAGUGGGGUUUCCCCCCUUCAGAAUAUCAAUAUUACCUCAAGAAUCUUUUCAAUACAUAUGCAAAAACUGACUGUGUUUUAAUUUUGUAAUGGAUUUGUACUGUGUUCCCAGCUUUUCUGGUAGCUGAGUAUUUACUGCACCCUUCCUGAUCCCACCCGUUGCGCCUUAUUCCUCCUAUGUGCAUGUAUAUGACGAAAGAAUUAAAAGGAUCAUGGUAUGCAAGUGUCUUCUUAAAAGCGCUGAUGUCUUAUUCCAUUAGGGAUACAGCAGACUGUUGAGGUUAAUUGUUCACUGAAAAUAGGAUCUAAAAUGAUGAUCUAAAAACAAAAAACAAAACCCGAACAGGCCAGUUUUUAAAACAUUUUGUCACAGGCUUUUAGCCUUCACAGGAUACAGUUUUUAAGCACAAGUGGAAUGAUCCAGCGCUUCCGGUGUAGAUCCGUGAGCUCUUCUGGAGCUUUGAACAUUCAAAUGCUACCCCAUUCUCUUCUGUGCAUUGGAGAGUGCUCUGGGCGUGCCAUGGGAGUUCUCCGUUACACUGGUGGAGCUUUCCCCAGAGUAGAAAAGAACAGGACUCUGCACUCC